AUGUCUGGUUGUUUACAAUCUCUCCGGUUAAACAUGGCCGUUAACAAACUCACUGGUACUAGAUAGGACUCGAUAACUCUCGCUUUCCUCUAAUAUAAAAGUCUUUGACUUGAGCUGAAGUUUAGAUUCAUUUGUAAUUUCUCCUCGUCGCUGUUUCGGUUUUUAUCUCGUCUGUUGUUGACUCGUUAGCCGCUGAAGCUAGGUUGCUAGCUAACUUCUCCAUAGGGAACAAUGACGGCGACUUCAGCAGGGAGCAGCAGUUGUCUCCCCGCUAAAGGACUGGACAUAAGUCUGGCUGCCCUGCAACGACAGGACCCGUACAUCAAUAACAUUGUGGACGUGGCGAGUCAAGUUGCUCUGUAUACUUAUAAUAACCGGGCGAAUGAGUGGGUAAGCUCCAAGUUUGGUGAAUGCUAAGUUAGCUUAGCUUGGUCUGUGUGGGCGCGCUGUGACACUGAGUCAGAUUGAACUUAAGUUACCGUACUGUGAAUCACUACAGCUGUCCUUAGUGGUUAGAGAGGUUGUUUGAAAUCCUUUUUAGAAGAGCCUUGUACCGAAUUAUCUUUGUGAAGAGGAUGUGUUUGUCCAUAGUAUAAUUUUGCGUGUCCCACUGACGACUCUGACACACUCGUGUUACACACUGUAGAGGUUUGGCUCAUCACUGUUGUGUGUGUGUGUUCUUGAUUGUAGGAGAAGACCGAGGUGGAGGGCACCCUGUUUAUCUACACAAGGUAAUGAAGUCCUGCUGAACUCUGAGACCUUGUAGUUUGAAGAUUUUCCAUACAAUUUCUCUGUGUUGUUUAUCUAAAACAUACGUUAGUGUGACACGUGCAGUCAAGUACAACCAAGUGCAAAAACUGGAAAUGGACUGUGUUCAUAUAGUUUAACUUAGUUUUCUGACCUCUCAAAGCACUCUUAUAUCACAUGCCAUAUAUUAUUCACACCACAGUCACACUCUUAAAUGUAAAGGCUGCUAUUAAACCAACCCUACUACCACAGAGAUAGUACAGCACCAGGGCAGUAUGGGGUUGAGUGUCUUGCCCGAGGAUACUUUGGCAUAUGAACAGGGGGGCCUUGGAGCGAACCCCGGCCAUCCGAUUUUAGAGACAGCCACCUCACUGUGACUACAUUUUCAAUUUUUGUUGACAUGGUCAGGCAGCUGAUAAUUUUUCUUGAAAUUAGUUGUUGAAAAGUUGUAGUGGGUGUUAGAGAUGAGCUGGAGUGCACUAUAUUAACAGGUGUUCCAAAUAUUUUUCCCACCACCUGUUUCUUAAUGAAGUGGACAGGAAAUGUUCACCUUUCAGUAUAAUUCAUUCUGGCACACCGCCACUGCCACCCACUAUGUCUUCAGUUAUAGAUAUCUAGUACAAUAAUAAAAAUAAUUACAGUGCGUCAGAUUUCAUGUAGCGCUUUAUCAGAGACUCUCAAAGCGCUUUACAUUGGAUAUAUCAUUCAUAAUCAUAGUCACCUAUCUGAUUAUGUCAACAAAAAAUGAAAAUCUAAAUGCUUCCUGAAAGCAGAAUUUAUUGUGAAGCUGUUGUAUUGGAUUGCAUCAGAUUACCCUAUUAUUCAUAAUGUUACAGCUGGUUGAUGUACAUAGUGGUUAAUACAUCCUGGCAUAACAAAGCUGAAGUAUCUCUUGCACUCUGUUGUGACUGAGCCAUUCCUGUGCUGUGUAUUUCAGAUUGGCAUCUCCAAGGCAUGGUUUCACCAUCAUGAACAGACUCAGUAUGGAGAACCUGACAGAGCCAAUCACCAAAGACCUGGACUUCCAGCUCCAGCACCCUUUUCUGUUAUACCGCAAUGCCCGACGUAAGGAGAGAACAUACACAUACACAGACACACUUCACCUGUCUGCUGGCUGAUAAUGGACUUAGUUUUUGUCUAACUAGCUGUGUUCUCAAGCCUUGUUGAGAACAGUAAAUCAGCCAGAGUGUAGGCUGUUCACAUACCUUUGAUAAAAUUUGAUCUCAUUUCUAGUUCUCUUGAAUCAUCCCAAACUUGAUCUAGCAUUUGAAAAAUACAAAAGACAGUCAAACAUUUGACAUGAAAAAAAAAUACACCUGAUGGGUUUAUGAGGAGGCAAAAGAAAGCAAAGAAACUAAUCUGGUCCCGGCUAUUUAAUUUAGUGCAAAAAACAUUAUUGUGUCCAAAUCAUCAGCAUCAUAGUGAUGUGUUUAUGCAGACUGUGUUUAUUUCAGUGUACCUUAUUUUGAUAAUCCACCAAAAUCUUAAGAUAUCUGCCACAUUUGCAAAAAUAAUGUUUAAAACUGCCAGAAACUUUGUUUUUACAAUAAUGCUCGGUAAGGCAGACAGUCACACACAUCAUCACAUUUGUGUACUCUCUCAAGUCCUUAGACUGCUUACAUUCCUGUAAGCUAUGCUGCAUAUGUGACGUGCGUUGUGUAUAGCUCAGCUGAGAAUCCAUAUGAGACCGUAUCUGUACGACUUUGAAGACCUGAUAGAUCUCAAACCUGCCUGGUGUAUCUAUAGCAACAGGAAGGAAGUUAGAUACAAGAUUUGGCAGAGUGACCAAAGUGUGCAGCAGGCUGUCUGUGUGAGCUGCAAACCAUAUAAGGAGCCGAGGUAUAGAGGUGACUCCUUUUCUAUCAGCCUGUCUCCCUCUGAGACCCACAUCUGGCUCGCACGAACAUGCAGACGCAGACAAACACACAUUGCAGAGUGUCCCUGUGGGAGAAGAGCCUGACAGCACCACAAAGCGGAGAUUAGAUACACCACAACAGUCACUGAUAACACAAACACACACUCACCCAGGAAUUGCUGACACACAUUGACCUCCCUCUUUCUCUGCCAUGGUCUUCCAGCCUCCAUCAGUAGAAGGCAGAGGGAAUGCUGCGUUUAGAUAGCAGUGGAUUCCUGAUGCCUACUUUGAUCUCUUUGCUAGGGGACUUAAUUAGUCUUAGCCACUAUUAGGCACCUUAAAGCUAGCUCUCAAAAGUCUUUUACACCAGGUUCUAUUGCACUCCGAAUACUUUAAAGAUGUUGUGGAAUAGUACAAGCCUCUAGAUAUGGUUGGUAAUAAGGAAUAUAUUACAAGUGAACCGCUCACUUUUACUUUUUGGGAGCAAAGAUCUUUUAAUUCGUAUUAAUUCCGCAAUCACCUUUCAUCUUAUGACUGCUUCCUCCUAUGAAAAAAGAAAUAUGGUUGCUGGUAACAUAGCAAACCUAAUGGUCAGUACUUCCAGCUGAGUAUACUGAUUGACUACAGAUAAAAAAAAGCACCCAAAAAAGGAGAAAUACAGAAGGUUACACUCAAACUGAUUUUUAUCACGGCAACUGCUGUAAUUUACUAGCAUUGUUGGAUCCAAACAAAAUGUUUUGCUUGCAGAUAUGUGGAAUCAAACUGUCAAGCCUCCCAAGUCCGUCACGACAAAGCCAACAAUCAACAAGCAUUUACCGGAUUAUGAUGUUUAAGCGUGAAGGAAUCUCUUCCAGAAAACUCUAUACAAUCAGGAACACAUCCCAGCCUAGGAAACAUGCUUUUUUUCUAUUUUCCCCCGGCCAACUUCUGAUCUGUAUGACCAUGUAUGCCUCAGGCUGUGUGUGUAACGCUGCCAGUCCCACUGUGUCAUGACCCCUGUGUUCAGGGGUCGUGGAAUCUUAUCAUUAGACAAACAUUUAACUCUCAGUGCUGCCGUUACUUCCUGGAAUGGCAGUUGGCACAAAGUGGCACCCGGGGCUAAAAAUAAACUUUGGAGAUAUACAACAGAAGGGGGCAAGAUUCAAGGGAGAGAAAUGUGGUGUGAGUAAGUCCUGAUUCCUCCUGCAGUGCAAAGAUGACAGCUAAAAAGCUUUUCCAUUCCUUCUCAUGAGAUCCAACAUCAGUGUCUCAGUCGCCCCAUUAUCAGCAGGUGAAGUCCUUUCACUGUGCCACAGGUGGUGGGUUGAUUUUUGGCUGUGGUUCAUGUAUAUCAUGUCUCCACUGCACAUUUGGACAAGGAAGGACUGAUAUCACUGCCAUGUUUGAUUUAAAAGAAAAAAUACAGUGAGGUGGUACAAUCAUUAGGACCCCAGCAAUAUACACUUAUGUCUAGGCUUGGUAUCAGUAUAGGCUGUCUCCUCCCUGUUGAUGAUAUCAGUUUAUGAAAAUCAUUAAAUAAUCAGACAUUCACCUUUAGCUAAAGCUGGUAUAAUAUGGAGAAAAAAUUAGGGGCUAAAAGAACUUAAAUUUGUCUGCAUCUAUUCAUACAUCUAUUUGUUUUCACUGUGCAGUAUUUUUCUGAACACCCUGCAAUGGCUUUACCAUUUUGGCCUGUUUCGGCAUUGAUAAAAUUUCAUUUGGAAGUAUGGAGAAAUUUUGUUAAAUGUAUCUCACUCAAACAAGAAGCUGUAGAUAGUGAAGUAGCCAGAGUAAAACAUAUUUGGCAGCGGUCUUGGGAGUUUUUUUCCAAAGCUGUAGAUGCAUAUUUCAUCUGAUGAUGGCAAGCGAAGCCCCUUCUUCAGAUUCUUCAGAUACUUUUUAAGGAAGCUGGAAUCCAUUUUGAUUAAGAUGAGACUCGUUCGGCUGUGUCUGUUGGGACGGUUGGACUAUGUAGUCAGGACUCAGGAGCACAGAAACACGGUAGGUUACUAGAGUUAUUUGUGAAUCAUUAAUCACUAAACUUCCGGUAAUUCAAAUAUUUUGAUAUCUUAUUUUCGCUUGAAUGUCUGACUCUUCAUUUCCUUUGAAUCUUUUAUGAAGAUAUAUUUGAAUCCUUUUUGCUAAGUGUCCUAUUUCAUCUAACGCUCUUUAUGUUGUCUCAUCUUUGUUAAACUCUGUAAAGUGCUCUGAUUUGCUUUAUGUAUGAACGGUGCUCUAUGACUAAACCAGCCUUGCCUGUUACAGAGCACAUGAUUAUUUUGUUGUGUAGCUGGUAAAUUGAUUUUGCGUAAACCAUGACUUGAAGCCCUCUCAACUCUUAAAUGUAACACUGAUGCAGAUCUAAGCGAACUGCACAUUUUACGUGUAUUCUGGAUGAGUUAUAGACCUGAACUCUACGGAGCAGGCGUUGUGUGCAUCAGGUGUAAAACCUUCUUACCUCCAGGUCGUACAAAUGUGUAACCCAGGUCCCUCUCAGUUACCAGGGAUCCUUUAAAUCUGACCUCCGGUUCCUCCUCCAGUCUCUCAUGUUUAGGUUUCCUCUGAAACAGGCCUCUGAACAUGGCUCCGUAGGUCUCUCAGUGGUCUUGAAGCCUGGUGGUAACUUUCUAGGGUCUCAGUACGGCUUAAAGUUGCUCAGAUUGGACCUUUAACUGCUGCCACAUUAAUCCCUUAUCUGGCCAAAAAAAAAGUAUUAAAGUUGAUGCCUGAGGUGGUGUGAUGAUGCCUCUCUCAGAGGAUUGUUUUCUGCUGUUAGGGGGAUUGUUGCAAAUCCUCCUUAGAACUAGACUUCAGCUGUGAGAGCAGUUUGAACUCGCCUGCUGUCAGUCUUUAGGGGGGGAGACGUAUCGCCGUAAUAUCUUCUCAGAUGAGAGUUUCUAUAGAUGUUAAUCUGAAUUUAUUUAUUCUCCUCCUUUAAUACCAUCAAUUCCAGUCCUACAAACAAAGGUAGGCACAGUUCUUCUUUGAUAACAGUUGUUCCAAGCAUGCAUGUUUGUCAAUGUGAGAGCCGAUCGGCACACCUAAUCCAUCUUGGAUAAAGCUUCUGUCUAGAAAUGUCUUUCCUGUACUAUCUUCAGAGUAGUCCCAGUAGUGCCGUUUUGGAAAUCAGCCAAAUACACUUACUGUAUCUUUAAACUGUUAUACAAUUCCUCAGGAAAAAAUGCAACGCUGCCUCAAAACAAAGCCGAUUAUUAUUGAAGCGUCUUUUUAAAGGCAGAGUCCCAGUAGAGUAGUAAUUAUGGACAAUGACAGAUUUAGCUGAUGCCUCCCAGAGUUAGGAAAAGAAAGAAGCAAUGUUCCUCCAAAAUGUAGAUGCUUCCAAGUCCUGUGAGAGUCCUGUGAGAGCCCACGUGGUUCAGUGCUUGCCUGUAGCCCGGUUUGUCUUAGCCACAGAGAAUUUGAAGUAAGCACACAGCUUUAGUCCUCGAUCAAAGUUACUCGAUUGUAGAAUACAGACGAUCCAGAAAAUUCAUUACAGCAGAAAUUGCCAGUAGUCCUCAACGGCGCUGUGAAAAGUAAGGUCAUAUUCAUUUAGAGUCGUCUGUGACAUUUCACUAAGGUUCGCAGCCUGGUCCCAUAACUCGGUACCCCCUGUUCUGCUUAUUCAAGAGUUUCCCUCUUCCCUAUCUGUUGUCUGGAACCCCUUUCUCUCAAACAUUCACUCCGAUAGCUUAAACUUGUGACCACUUAUAUCAGUGCUACUGGUUGUAGUCCUCCCUCCACCCACUCUCUGUCUCUCUUUCUCUCUGAGGGGUUUCUAUCUCAUUGAGGUUUGGGGCUUUUUGAGGGUCAAAGCAGCUUAAACUAGUGAGAACCUGUCACACUGUCUUCUGUUUAAAAGUUUCUUUUUUGUCUUCUUUCUUUUCUUUCUCCUUUUUUACCCUUUUCAUUCAUUGACAGACCUGAUAGCUCUGUUUUCCUGACAGCUCUCCUAACCUGAUCUCACCUCUUGAUGGACUCUUUAAUGAUUCCUCUCUCUCACACCUCACUUCCUCCUAUUUUAUCCCGGUCUCCCUUAUUUUUUCUUGAUUUUCCAGCUCUCUGACUUUGACCGCGUGUCUCUCCGUCUCUGUCAAACUGUCUCAUCCCCAGUGAGCACUAAGUGGCUCCUCCAGACAGGCUCCCACUGCAGUUACUUAUUUGGUACUGGGGCUGAUUUUUUCCCAGGCUCAACUGCACUUUGAGUGUUUGUGUGUGUGGGUGUGUUUUUGUGUGUGUGUGUGCCUCUCCCUCUCUGCCUGUUGCCUUCUUCCAUACUGACCCCAGUGGCUCGUCCGAUCUCAUUUGAUGCUAAAAGUGUGUUUGUGUGUUUUUCUGCAUGUCUGUCUGUGUGGGAAUGAGCGUGCGUCUCAAUUUAAUCUCUUUUGUCUUUUUAAAUCCCGCUUCUCCACUGCAUUUGGAUGUUUUUCCUCCUUCUUUCUCAUAUCAUUAACACUUAACCUCUUUUUCUUUUUGGAUCUGCGAUGUUAUCUCCCUUUGAGAUCCACUUUAGACACAGAGUGUGUUGAGGUGCGAGGCGAUGCCAGGCUGCCGUGAUAAGAACUUGGUAUCAGACCUCAAAGUCUUUUUUUGUACGUGAGCUUGCCAUCGUAAUUCUUAAUCGAGGGGCAAAAGCUAGCUUUGAAUAGCUGCUCAGGUUAGUGCUCCCUUACUCAUAUUCAUCUUUGGGGUUGGGACAACAUAUAGAUAUUAUGUAUUUUUAUCCUGGUUCAUGAAAUACAAUUAUUCUAAGCUAUUGAAUAGAGAUACCUUGUUUUCAAAUAACACUGUUAAUGAUAGAAAAUAAUGAAUAAAUGAUAAGAAAAAAGCUCUAAGAAGUCAUCUAAAAAGAAACUAUAAUCUUUUCUGGCAAUUUUUUAAAGUUGAACCUGUGAUUUUAAGGUUGCUGUCCCUGAAGCAUCCACUGGGAUUUUACCGCCAUAUUAGAAAUGUGUUACAGCUGUGUUUUUGGAGAUGUAACAUUUUUAUUUAUUCAUACAUACUGUACAGAGGUGAAAUUCUCAGAUCAUAGACUUUCUAAAAGUUAUUUAAAACCUUCAUGAUUAGAGGUUAAGCUUACAGACAGUUGAGUGUGCUGUAUUUGUUUGCCAGGGUGCUAAAAGCACACCUCAGCUCCAACUAUGUUAAUCAAAAGUUGAUGCAUUUCUUACGUCUUCUCCAUCGUCGGGCUUCAAAAUGUCUCUUCAGUAGCUGAUUAGUGAUUAUACAGAGACCGCACCCAUGUCCUUUUUACAGUCUAAAAAAUUCAAGAGGAACAGUGUCAAAUUUUUGUUCGCUGUAGCUUCUGUAAUGGGAUAAUUUUCUGCUUUAAGUUAUUUUGUGAAUGCACUGUGUUAAAACUGUUAGUAAAACAAAAGCAACAUUCUGAUAAAAAUUGAAUAUUUUUACAAAUCAUGAUCAGAUUGAUCUAGAAAUGAUUUGUAGAUUUAUCACUGACCAAAUAAUUAUAAAUUGCUGUCUUAUUUAAAACCCGUUUAAACACCUGUUAGAUGGUUGUGUUUGAAAGACAAGCUGACAGCGUAAGAACUAAGCACAUAUCACAUAUCAUAUCACAUACCUAGACCCAAAAACAGAUGUCCAUGAAACUGGAAGGGCCAUUACUGGUGCAAUAUCUAAUUUUGUUAACAACAUCACUACAUGGAGUAUGUGUGGAGUUAUUGAAUGUAUUGAACUAACUCUUGAUACCUAGCAGUUUUUUUUUUAAUAUUGAGAAUAAGUAGUGUUUCUGUGUUUGAGAUGCCAAAGUUUUGGAACCUAGAGACUUAUUAGGGUGGAUAAAUGAGAGCGGACCCUCUCUGUUUUAAUGUCCCUUACUUCAUUUGUUCCCAGGGUAAAAUUCUCCUUACCAAGUAGAAUUGAAAAACUGUGUAAACAAAGCUUCCUGUUUGAUCCUCCUUUUAGAGCUGGUACAAACAAAGACAGUAGGAUGAGUCACUGUGUGAUGAAAUGCUGCCUACUCUCUGUAAAACCCUGUUACAAACAGGUGUGGAUGUUAUCUUUGCUCUCCCUUGUUGACCAUGCUUAUGUAACUUAGGAUACUCCUGGGACGUUUAAUGGCGCUGCGAGCUUCUGCUCCCAUUGGGAGAUGACUUCGUUUAGAUCUAGUAAGGCCAAAAAUAAACGGUUUAUAUGUCCAACGGGACUGUACUGAUGCCAAAGCAGCGGAGAAGGACAAAAGUUGUAUGUGCGUUUAUAUGAUUGUCUCAUUUGAACCUGCUGGUUGGUGCAUCUCAAAUAUUAAUCUGCAGGUUGGUUUGAUUUUAUUCGAUGAUAUACUGAUGAAAAUUUACCCCUUUCUGUCUCCCUUCUGUCCCUCUCCCUUCUCAGUAGUUAUCCAUGGGAUUUGGUUCUAUGAUAAGGAGGACUGUCAACGCAUUGCCCAGAAGAUGAAGAUGUAAGUGCUUAAAGUGUAUUCACAAACAAAGCAUGUACAGCCUUGAAAACACACAUAAAUUGAAAUGACAUAUGCUACAGAGGAGCCAGAGAGUGAGCUUGUUGUUCUAUUUCUCAGCCUCCACAGAGCAGAAACAUCCAAAUAUGUUUAUUAAUGGAACUGGGUCUGAGUCUCAAGCAAACAAAUUGUCAACAAUUAACAAGCUGUGCACAUUUUCAUUCGCUCCCACGCUUAGGAAAUACAGUACACUGACUUAAAUCAGAAAGUAUACUACAUGUGAUGAUUUCACCCUUAAAAAAGUUCAUCAUUCUGCUGCUUGUUUAUUAUGUCUUCUAUUUAUUCCCUCAUGGACUCACUUGUGUGUCUGUGUGUAGUCUGACCCAGCAGGAGCAGGCCCUGGCUCAGUCUCAGGGUGGAUGGUUGUCCCCUGGAGGAGGAGGUGGAGGAGGAGUAAUUGGGGGAGGGAGUGAAGGGAAGGGAGUGGACAUUAUCCAGAUGUUGACGAAAGCACGCACAGAAUAUGACAAGGUAGGAUUAACCACAGACAGCCAAAGAGUCACUUACUUAUGUUUACUUAUGUUUCUCAUCUGGGAUCUUAUUUAAGGUGUAUUGUGUAUUUCUGAAAAGCCCUAUGUAAAUGAAAAAUAUUUCUGUUAUUUAUGAAAUAUACCGUUUUUUCAGGGGCAGUCUACAUCAGAACCGAAGGAGAUCGGCGGUAGUAGUGUUCUUAGUGGAAACCCAAACUUGAUCAAACCAAUCCCUGUCAAACCAAACACUCAGGUAGAAUCCCUGAACCCAUUUCUUCUGUUUUUAAAAGUGUCUAUCUCGAACACCUUUCUUUGUAACGCACUCCUGCAGGUUAAACAAUUAAUUAAAAGAGCACUUAGGUCAACAAAAAGUGGAAGCUUUGUAAAAGUCGAAUUUGUGGUAGAGUUUUGGGUCACAUGACGGCCCAGAUGCAGAUCAGUGUAUGUGUCCAAAAAAUAUUUCAGAGCGACCUACAUAUAGUCAGUCCUCUUUUCAUCUCUUCUCAUCUCAGUUCUUUCUCGUCUUUCUUUCCAGGACACAGAAGGUGCUGAACCCAAGUCUCUUUCCCUGGCCACCCUUUUUGGCACCCAACAGCCGCACAACCAGCCCCCCAAACCUAAUCCAGUGUCGCCCUUAGCUGCCCCUGUAAUUGGAACUGGGUCACCAAUAGCAAAAGUCACCCGUCCACCCGUGGCCCGCACACUCACAUAUGAGGAGACGCUGAACGCCGGCAGAGGUGUCACCUCCAAAGAAGGGAAUGUGGUCAUGUCUGGGGGUCCAGAUAGAGGCCUUGGGGCUGUGAUUGGAGGGCAAACAGUCAGGGAUGAUGGUGGGAAUGUUGUUGGUCAGCAGCAGCAGCAGCAGGAGCAGCCUCAGCACUGCCCGGCUAUCCAGAAGCUCAUGCAGGGACAGAGGGGGGUCGGAGGGCUGCUUCAGACUGUGUCUGAGUCGCCCGAAAACCGGCUGUGUGACAAUGGGGUGCCUCUUGAGCAUCACCACCACCAUCACCAUCUGAUCCAUCACCAUCAACAGCACCAUCAUCUUCCUCAUCCUCAGCAGCCGCAUCAGCAGCUUCAACCUGACCCAAUCAAGAGACUGUUUCAAACUCAGCCACCUCCUCCUCCCUCCUCCACCUCUUUCCCGGCCAACGCUCCACAGCCGUGUCGCUCCCACCCUCUUCCUCCUCCUCUGCAGCAGAACCCUCAUCUCUCAUCCCAUCCUGUAAUGGUGGACUCAGUGUCAUGGUCCCACCUUCAAGGGCAGCAAGGCCAGCAGCACUUUGUCAACUUGAGUAAACCUCCAGCAGAGGCGCAGCACAGUAGCCAGCCGGCUUCAGCUGUACAGGCAGCAGGUGGGGCGUGUAUUAUACUCCCAGCAUGCAAUGAAAAAGCAGCUUUACUGUGCACUAAGUAAUUAUACUCUUUACGCUUGAAGCAGAUAUUGGUGCGUAGUUUUGUUGACAUAUUUGCCAAACACAUUUUAUUAAUAAAUAAAGUGUAUGACAUAACUGAUAGCCAAACAAAGAAAGACUGCAACAGCAACUCUAUCAUUUCAAUUCUGUUUUUCCUGCUUUAAUAGGUUUGCUGCCAUCUCAGGUGACGAAUGAACAAGUCCUCCAACCUCCUCAAGGUAGUACAUUAGUUUCUUUAAAAAAACAAACAGUGGUAACAGCAUGAGCCCAUUGAAAAACUGUGAUUGGUCUACUACUAAUUGUUAUGUAUUUUAGUAUCUGUUGUAAUGAAGAAUGUAUUUACUUCCCUUUUAUUGAUUUAAUUGAAUGUCUUUAAAGGGAUAUUCCAGCGUAAAAUUAAUUUAGGGUCAAACACACCGUAACACUGAGUCAGACCCUCCCUUUAAGAGAUAAAUGUUGCCGACCGCUUGCUUCUCCAUUUAUACGUACUUUAAUAACGACCGCACGAUAGCAAUACACAGAGAUCUCAGGAGCCACACACAAACCUCAUCCAAAAAGCCUCUCUAUACCCACAAAUAAUGCUCAGAACAGCACCUAACUUCAUCAACAGUACAUAUAGGGUCCCAGCCACAGCACUAGCCACCAAACAUCUAUUUAGCUUUGCCUAAUUUCUUUAGAAAAGAGACUAAACACAACUCACCUACUCUCCUCCAGCAGCCGCUUGUUUGUAGCAAGACCUCAACCAGUCCAUCAUUGACUGAGGCGGGGGUGCGCAGCUCAAGGAAGAACAUUUAUGAUCAUUUCUUUAUCAUUUCCUUGAAUUAAUAAUCAUCAUAUUUACAAUUGUGCACUGCAGAUGUGUUAGUUCUUCUGCUUUAGCGCCUCGGUCUGAUUGCGGUUAUGAAAUGAUCAUAAAUGUUCUUCCUUGAGCUGCGCCCCUACCGCCUCAGUCGGUGCUGUUCUGAGAAUUAUUUGUGGCUAUAAAGUGUCGUUUUGGUUGAGGUUUGUUUAUGGCUCCUCAGACCGCUGUGUCUUGCUAUCCUGCGGUCGUUACUAAAGUUGGUAUAACUAGAGAAGCAAGCGGUCGGCAACAUUCAUCUCUCGAGGGGUGUCUUACUCAAUGUUACAGUGUGUUUGACCCUAAAUUAAUUUUACGCCGGAAUAGUCCUUUAAGCUCAUCAACAGUGUAAGUUAGUCAUUUAGUCAGUCUUGUUACACUCUCACAGGUAUUUGAUUGUGCAGUGUUUGUUUGUCUUCAUUUUUUCUCAUUUCCUCCCUUCAGUUCUGUCCUCUCAGAUGCCUGGUGUGGUGUCACCUCAUGAACUCCUACAAAAGCUCCAGCUGGUCCAGCAAGAGCAAACUUUGGCCUCCCAUGACCCUCCUCGACUCGGCGGUCCAGGACUAGCCCCUCGGUUUCUGGGGCCCACUCAGGGUCAGGGUGUUGGUUCUGUGGUAGCACCUGUCCUCAACCCGAGCACAGUCACAGCUGGUCAAAAAGCUGCAUUGCAGUUUCAGGUGGGCACUGUAAGCUCUGUUUGACAGUGUUGUUGACUAAAUGACGGUUUAUUCUCAUUGUUGGUUUCUAGGUUGGGUCAAAAUUCACAAGGGAGAGUAAAGAAUUAAUUAAGACUAAUAGUCAGCUGUGUUUAUCCAGGUCAUCUCCCCCCAGCGGAUACCAGCCACUGUGGCCCCUGAUCUGCUCCUCUCCCCCAGUGUCUUCACUCAGGCAAAAUCUGGCAGUGGGUUGUCAGCAGUUGCCCCCUUAAACCUGCCAGGACCCUCACUUCAGGGGGACCCUAGAGUUCUGACCAAAAGCCAGCUUCAAGCCUCACUUUUGCAUCUGAUCCAAGUAAGAAAAAAGUGCCCUAACUCCCAACACAGGAAGCACUGGGUUAGAUUUUUUGGGGGUUUUGCUUACCCUGUUGGCAUUCUAAUUUACAUAAUCACCAAACUCACUGAACAUGAACUCAACUAGCUGAAGAAAUGAACAAUUUCACAUCACAUAUUGUUUGAAAUCGGAUUUAAAUCACAGGUUAAGUGCAAUAAAAGUGCAAAUGUAAAUGUGCAUGCGUGCCUGCUUGUGUGUUUCAGACUGACAGCUCAUUCCUGGACACCAUCUACGAAGCCUACGUCAGCCGCUGUGCUAAUGACUCCAGCACCAAGUACUGAUGACUCUUCACACCCUCUGUCUAUACAUACUCCCUGUUCGAUGCAGGCUGGCUCUUAAACUUAAUAUGGGUCAUACUCUGACUAUCAUGCAUACCUGAUAAUAUAUCUCCUCUGCACUGUCAACUCUCUUCUGUCAUAUCAAGUCUCUCAACACAAACACUUCCCAAGAUGUAUAUAAGAGUUAGUUCCUGAAAAACAACUCAAUUUGGUGACUCUCCUUUAAAAAAAAAGUCAUUUCCAGCUAAGAGUCACUCAUUCUCAGCACAAAUGUGGCACAACCCUACUGUCUCGACCUCACUUGCAGUUAAUGGGAAAUGUAGCUGACGCCCAAGUUCACUCUUUAGUGAAGACAGAUAUGCAGCAACCUCGCACCUCCAAGAUAUUCCUAUUCAGUAGUCUGUACCUUCCUUUUCAUCAAGCGCGGCAGAUUAUUUAUUUUGUGUAAAUUUUGAUUUAGUUCUAAAAUCUCGACUUGUUGUCUGAGACAAGUCAGCCUCCUUGUUUUGACAGGAGAAGUCUUCCUGGACUAACAACGAGCACUGAAGGAAACACACUUGAAACUUCACACAUAAAAUGAAGUGUUGAAUAUGUUUUCUUUACAUUUAAAGAGUGAAGUAUUUUUCAAUGCUAUUAGAAUUUCAAUUAUUUGAGUUUGCAAUUCUUUUAAAUGAAGUUUUUACAAUUUUUGCUUUCUGAAGUAAUUUAAGUGAGUUUAUUUGCCAUCCAAAGUAUUUUAGAGUUUUAUGAAAAAGAAAGCAUAUCUCUUAUUUUCCUGGCAGCAAGUAAUUUUACCAGUAUUUUGAUAGUUUAAUGCUUUUUUCCUCUUCCGUUUAUUGUCAUCACAGUGAAGGCUUCAAAUUGGCAUAAAUCCACAAACUUGAAGUAAAAGGAAAGUACAGGAAAUCCUCAACUUGCACUACCAGACAGAGAGCUCCUUCUGAGGUGUGCCUGUUUUUUUUUGUUUUUUUUUUUUACAUUUUUUCAGCUAUAUCAUCAAACAUCGUUAAAUCAGGAUUUCUGUUCCCGCCAUAUCACUCAGAACAUUUCCCUUUACCAGAGCUGCAACAACAAGGCCAAAAAUUUCUUGAGAUAAUCUUGCAUUGACAUCUAAAACUAAAUCUGUGUAGGAAUAAUCUAAUCUAUCGAUACUAAAUUUAGUUGAAGAAAUCGGGACUUAGUUAAAGAUAGAAUAAGGCAAUAUGAACAUCAAAAGGUGGAAAAAUAUAUCUAAUAAAAAUUGUUUACAGAUCUGUUUAUGCCAGUAUAAUGGUAAAUGUAUUUCUGCGAGAGUCCUACUCAGUGCCACUUAUUUCAAAUAUGAAAACCUCUUACAUUUAGUCGCUGUCAUUAUUUUUAUCUUUGCAUCAUUGUUUAGCUCCUUCUCUUAACUCAGACUUUAAAACAGCUUGAAAAGAACAAAGAAAACAGCAACAAAAAAGAGAGAAUCCAUAUGACAGAGUAUUUUUUUUUCCUAUUUUUGUACUCAAGAGUCGAAACACAUCGUUCCCAUCGUACAAAUAACCAGCAUCUUCCGUUCCAACUAAUUGUACAGCUAAGAUAUCUGACAGAAAGAAUAAAGUCUUACACAAUUAGCCACAGUUAUUGUCUGUUUAUGAUUUAACAUGUUUAACCAUAUUUUUUUUCCAAACAUUGCCAUUAAAGAUCACAUCAAGACGUUGGAAUGUGAAAGGAACAUUUCUAAACAUUUUCUUUAUUUGUCACAAAUGUUUUCUCUGAAAUAAACUGGAAUAUAUUUUAAUUGGAUAAUAAAUGUUCUCAAACCACCCA